CCCGAACACACACCUAGCAUGCCACUUGUCUGAAGUCUUCGACAUAGCACGCACCUAACCGAUCCCACAACCUUUCGUCCCUUCAAACUCUUUGAUAUAUUAAGCUUGAUUCCGCUUCGUAUCUUUCCCAGCAGCACUCUUCACUUCUCAACUCAAACUCAAGGAUCGAGCUUCCCAUAAGCACACCCAUAUCGCGAAUCAACCAUCAAUCUACUAGUUCACACGGUACAACCACCAUAUCCGCUGUCUCAUCAAGGCGCCCAAGGUUCCCUCCACAUAUGAUGGAAGACCGCCCUUCCUACAUGAAACAAUUCCUCCAGUUUGACCUGACCCACCUCCUAACUCUGCAGUCUCAGCUUCGAAACUUUAAGCUGCAGUCUCAGCUCCACCCAAUCGAGACCAAGAUCACCUCUGCCGCGUCACUCCAAAAGCCUGACAUGAAAACCCAUUCCGUCUACGAUCUCUCUGGAAUCAACAACUGGACCAAGGAGGACGAGGCGGACAAGAGGAAGAAGGACAAGGGCGAGGUAGCAGAAGAGAAGACUGAUGCCUUUUAUAUCUACGAUCCAACCAUGUUCCCCGUCCUUAUUUCCAGUCCAAGCAACGACAAUGUAGCCAACCGCGACCUCAUGCUGGCGCAGUUCGAAAAGCUUACGAAAGAGGAACUUGAUCUUCUUGUCAAUAAGGCCAACGAGGAAUUCUCCAUGAUGGUCAAUUGUCCCAGAUGCAAGCGGACACAUUCGAAGUGCAUGUAUCCGGCUAUCACGACCAUGUUGGUUGAGCUGCAAAUGAAGAUGCGUCAAGCGGAUCCGACGAAAGUUACGCGACUGGUGAUUGAUAAGUGGUCGGAGACUUUUGAGAAAGUGUACGAUGCGUACCAGUGAGAGUGGGUUGAGACCAGUGGUGCUUGUGAUAGGGUUGUGGAGGCGAAGCAUGAUAAUAAAAUGACUUGGGUAUGUGCUUUUUCGGGCUUCACCUCUCUUGUGCAAAUGUCCCGCAAGUUGUGGUCAUUCCAGUUCUCCAGGAAGAAAUGCUAACUCUGGGGUUACGUAGGUCUUUGAUUAUGACAAGACUGUGUUGUUUUGG